AUGCAACUGCGAAUGCCCCGAGCGACGGGUGGUAAUUUAGGGAGGACGAAGAAUGUCAUUCACUUUGUGCAGGCGUUUGUCAUCUUCAUUGCAUGGGCCAUGACCAUCGCAAUCUGGACCAAGGGAGAUGGGAUUGAUGGCCGCACAGUAUGGUUUUGGUUAUUGUGUUGGAUCAGUAUCCCGGCACUCAUCUAUCUCGCGGCGGUGCCCAUGUGGCCCCGAGCGCGGCGAUUCGGCAAUGUAUAUGCCUUUGCGACCGUCGAUAUGAUCUACACCGUGUUCUGGUUCAGCGCCUGGGUGUGUGUGGCUUCCUAUGUCGCGCAGGGUAAAAGCAUUGGCAAGUCCAAGUCGAGCAAGGAGGACGACAAAUCAUCCAGCGACACCAAGAAAACCGGCUGCGACAACUGGGCAUAUGGCAGUGCCAGUAAAUGCAAUGUCAGCACCGGUGUCACCAUCAUCGGAGUCAUUGUCUUUAUCUUGUUCGCCGUGACCUCGUGGCUGUCUCUUCGGAAUGUGAUGCACUUCCGCCGCACGGGAACCCUGCCCGACGCCGUAUCCGAUCCGACCUUCGCCGCGCAGAGCAAAGCCGCCUUCUCGUCGAAUCCGGCCCAUGAUUUCGAGGAAGAUGAGGAUGACUUCCGCUCGGGCCGCUCGGGUCUCGGUAUGUCAUCUGGUGGUGACCGCGAUGAGGAUUACGCCUUGCUACAACAGAGUGAGGUGGAUGACAUUGGCAACGCCCAUGGUCGUUCGGCGAUGCAUGGCGCCUACGAUCCCACAGCACCCAGUACGAGCAGUGUGCUUCAUGACUACAACAGCACCGGAUACGGUGGUGCUCACGGCCAACACUACGCGCCGCCAUCCGAAUUUGGCUCCUCAACGAGUGGAUACGGUCGCUAG